UCGCGUCCUCACGCCACUCUCAUCAAUGCCCCCUAGGGUUUAUCUAGGGUUUCGAGUUUCGACUGUUCUGUUCUCUUUGUUCCCACAAUGGCAAAGCCGACUAAAGGCCGUCGCUCACCCUCCAUCUCCGGCUCCGGUUCCUCUUCCCGUUCUCGGUCACGGUCCAGGUCUCCUUCGCGGUCCCGCUCUUACUCCGGCUCCGACUCCAAGUCCAACUCUCGCUCUCGGUCUGUGUCUAGAUCUGCUUCUCCAUCUAGCUCUCAUUCUCGGUCCAGAUCCUUCUCCUCUUCCUCUCCUUCUCGCAGCGCUAGCUCUCGAAGUCGCGGCCCUCCUUCUAAGCGUCGAAGCCCUCCUGAUGCACCUAGGAGAGGUUGUUCCCCUCCACCACAAUCUAAAAAAGCAUCUCCAGCUCCAAGGAAAUCUUCUCCCAUCUGCGAGUCUUUAGUUCUUUAUGUUGACUCACUGAGCCGGAAUGUCAAUGAAGGCCAUCUAAGAGAAAUAUUUAGUAAGUGCUUUACCUUUUAACCUUUGAGUAGUAAAAACGCUUGAGAAUAAUUGAUACUUCUUGAGACUUUCAACAACCUAGUGUUUAACGCUUUUAUUGAAAGAUUCAUGUGUUAUAUACUUUGUGACAUGAUACUGACUAUUAUCAGUG